UCUUCCUACCUACCAUGAGAUGAGGCGAGUGGUUGGCCCUCGGUUCCUCUUCAUGCAAGACGAUGCUGGCCUCAUGUGGCUGCAGUGUAAGUAAGAGAAGCAACUGAUGCCAUGGACUGAAUUGUCCGCAACGUUGCACCACAGAAUUGCAGGAGUGGCCCUGAUCAGGAGCAUGGACCAGGCGUUGUCGGGAGGUCAUACACUGCUCACACUACUGAGCCACGGCGUGUUUUUCCACUUCAGUUUUGAGUGUGACUCCGCGUCCAGACCUUCAUGGAUGAAUGCGUUUGAUCUCCAUUGAUGACUUUUGUGUUUCAUUGAGUAACAUUCAGUAAGUAACAAGGUGGUUCUGUUUCUCUGUUUCACGUCAUACUGCAUCUUUAUUUCAUGAUGCCUUUCUCGCCAUGGGACUUGUGAGCGGAGGCUUUGACAGUCAUUUAACACACACACACACACACACAAACAAAAUGUCUGUAUAACAUAAAAACAAUUAUUUGACCACUAUGAUUCUGAAAGGAUUGCUCUCAACCUCCAGCAGAGGGCGCUCAAGCAGGUGGGCUGUAGCUGUAGAACGACGUCAACGGUGGCGCUCGACACACCUGUGAUUCAGCAGCGCUUUCCAAAUCCGGCUCCAUCUGACUGUUGACUCCUCCAAGUCCGCAGUGAAUUGGCAGCCUGUGACCAGGGCUGCUCUCAACCCGCAGCUCGCCAGGCUGGGUCUGACUGUGGGUUUGUGAUCGUGCUGGAUCCCUGCCGCAGUGAAGGAUGCGUGGACGACUUCUGCUCCUGUGGAUCGCCGUCACAGCAGUGUCCCGGACGAACUGCCAGGUCUCGGCGCCGGCCUCCGUGACGGGGUACGCAGGAGAGCCGCUGGUGCUUGGGUGCAACAUCACCCUGGCAGCGGGGGACGCCGUGCAGCAGGUCCGCUGGCUCACCAAAACAAGCCAGCUGCUCCUGGCUUACCAGCUGGGGCCCCAAGUUCAGAUCAGCCAUCAGAGCCCUGACGUCCAACUCACCUGGUCGGGCCACAACGCCAGUGCCAUCACCAUCCGGGGGGUGCAGCUGGCUGACGAGGGCUGCUACCUCUGCGUCUUUGACGUGUUUCCGUCGGGCUCACAGGAGGGCAGAACAUGUGUCAGCGUGACUGGUAAGGUGAGCGCUGAGGGCAGCAAGAUAUCUGUCGAGGGGAAACCCCAGAGCCUCUCCUGCCGGCACAGUCUCCCUGAGCGGGUGGUCCAGGUCCUGUGGAGGAAAGCGCCCCAGCAGGGCUCCGUCACCACUGUGGCCUCCUACUCCAAAGACGGCUACAAAGUGGAGGACGGCUUUGUGGGCCGCUUCGAUGUGAGUCGGUCCCUCGGGGUCAGCCGACUGACUGUCCAGUCGGUCAGGAGGGAGGACGAAGCCUGCUACAUCUGCGAGUUCCACAGCUUCCCUGAUGGAACCAAGCAAGGCUCCGUCUGCCUCUCAGUGUACGUCCUACCCAGACCAGAGGUGACCACUACAACCUUGUCCCCGGGAGUCACUGAAGCCAACUGCUCGGCACGCUCCUGGCCUGAGGCAAAGAUUACGUGGGACCUGAGAGGACAGAACAAGACCCUCGGCCCACCCAGACUCUCCGUGGUUGAUGGGGGUAAUGGCACCAAAGUGGUGACCAGCACCUUGGUUCUGAAGUCGGAGAUUCUCGGCGAGGUGUGGUGUGUUGUGCAGCACCCGGGUCUUGAUGACGACCUGUCAGUGCCGCUCCUCCAGCCAGGUAAGGACACCACGUUGCCUCAAAUGGAGCCAACAAUCAUUAGUCUUGUUCCAUCCUGGGUGACAGAGUUCAGAAAGCCAAAUCUGUUUUGGAUUUCUGACCAGCAUAAAAGUGCAGUGUGUAAACCGCAGCGCGAAAACAGCCACAUUUUAGCCAUGUUGUAUUCUGGCAAACAUCCGUCUCGCGGUGAUGAUGUCGCACUACUGACUCAGUUGACCGCCGUGACUCCUAAAGACAUAAUUAUAGUGUGGCACACAUCACAUCCCGAACAUCAGAGACCAUAACUAUAGUAAUCAUGUCUGCGAUGUAAUCCCUGAUCUCAGUUCAGUCUCCAGAGCAAUUUUACCCUCCUCAGGGCAGAUCAGUGUUUCUCUCGCUUUGGAGCAGCACCACAAAUAGAAAAACAACUUGCAAGUGAAUAAUGUUCCUUAAAUGUUCUGCAGUUCUCAUUCCAUCAUGUCAUACACUGAUGUUUAUUUAUGUGUAACUUCAUCUGGGGAUAAAUAAUUUCUGAGUAGGGACCAACCAAAAUGAAAACCACAUUGUUCCUUGGAAGAAAACAUGCAUUCUAAAGUACCAGAAGAGUCGAAUAAUUUUACACUUCUUACAAACUGCAGUUUGUAACACUUUCAAAUACCCCAAAACUUCAACUCUACUGCUACGGAAGAGGAUUAGUGCCAGUGAAGAAAAUAAUAGUGGCAGAAUUCUGAUUUUAAAGUUAGAAUUCUUUGUCAUUUUAAAUUCAGAAUUCUCAUUUUCAUCACACGUUGCGCAGAAGAGUUGCCAUAACAACGGUUGAGACCGGCUGUGUUUUAUAAUUCAGAUAAAUUAAGAGGAAACGGAACGUAAACAUGAUUUCAAUGUUGAACCUGUUCGGUCAGUGAUCUGUUGUAGGUACCAAAUCUGUCACCUUACCUAAUGUGUCCUACCUUCCGCGGGAUGACGACAGAUACAAUCGUUUUUUUCAAAUAUUUUAAUGAGCCAGAGAAAAUUGAAGGAUUUGAUGGGACUUUCUACCACAUGUGUAAUACUUAUAUCUGCAAAAUACGACGCUGAUGUCAUCGGGUCGUUGAAGUACCGCGAUAUGUCUGUUCUUCUCCGGGGCAGGUGGAACAACACGUGAUUGGCUGGCAUGUAUGGGUCAUCGCUUUCAUUUGGUUAGCGGAACAAAACCAGAAUCAACUCAUCAGCAGACAGCUUUACAGCUCAGAACAUAUUGUUAUUCAUUUGCCAAGGGAAAGUGUGCCUCCAUGAAGGAGCCUUAACCUUUAGCAUUGAGCAUUGUGCUGCCAGGUUUCUAGAAUGUCUCUGAGAAUGGUGGCGUAGGUUGCCAGCAUUUCCUCAGCCAUUUCCAGAGAGCGUUUCACCUCUGCGGCGCAUUUUUGUAUUUGAAACACAUUCUAUUACAUCGUGCAGGCUGCGCUGCAUGGUGUGUGAUCGCGUCACAUGCCACUAAUAUAUUCAAAGUAAACGUGUCUAUUUCCAUAUUCUCAUGCUGAGCAUCUAUAUGAAUUGGUAAGUUGAAAUUUAAAAAAGGAAUAGUGCCAGUUGGUCAAAGAUAGCUGUAGAUCAAGAAGUUUCCUCGUGCAUAUGUGCUUCUUUGCUGUGUAUUUGUG